GUCCACCACCAGACCCGCCGCCAGUCCCGGCCCGGGACACCAGUCGCCCCCCGCUGGCCAGGGGACGUGGACGAGGGUGGAUCGGCCCGGAGGAAGCCAGCGGGUGACGUUGGUGAAGCAGUAAAGACCGACAAGUUCACCUACCUCCUUGAACUUACAGCGGCACAACUGCGCGGCCUGGGUUUGGUGGAGCUCGCUUAUGGGUACUACUACGAUGGGCUUGUAAAGGUGGCCGGUUACAUCACAGGCUUGGGUCGUGAUGCGGACUACCUCGAGUUCAAAGUAGCAGGCACUCAGACUGAGCGUUUCGUUGACGUUGUGAGCGACCCAGGCCGACGUGUUUUCCAGCUGCACAUAUGCCCGAAGGAUUGCCGGCGUACUCCUACAGGCCCAGAUAUCCUACAUGCCUCAGGCUAUUGGGAGGUGGGAGACAACAGGCAACCUUGGCAUACAAUGUUGGAGUUGACAACCCCAGUUGAGGAGGAGCGUGACGAGUUGGCAAAGUUGAGAGAGCAUUACACCUCGCGUGCAGGAGGAGUGGUAGGGGAGAAACCUUCUCCCAGCGCAGAGGAUGAGAAAGGAAAGAAGGCGAAGAAGAAGAAAAAGAAGUUGAAGGAGAAGGAGAAGAAGCAGGCGAAGGACAAGUCAGAGAAGGCGGACAGUGGUGAUGAGAUGCUGCCUGAGAGAGGGCAGAAAAGCUUGAAAAGCCUUUUUGGGGGAACCUGUCUGGACCCCCGCUUCGACGAUCGCUCUAGACUUCUCCGAAAGGCCCGGAAGCUAGGGAAGAAGGAAGGAAAGAAGAGAAAGCAUUCGUCGAGCUACUCCAGCUCCACCGGAAGCCAAACCUCAGAGGAAGAAGAGCUUGAUGAGACAGGAGAAGGGCUUUUUGCUGAGAAAAAGCGGGCUUUGCGGUUGACGCAGCGGUACCCUGGGUGUCUGGGUGCUCAAACCAUAGCGGGGAUGAAGGAUUUGCUCCUGACGAGCGCAGGCACGCUACAUUCGGUGGACCGAAGAUCCCUGCCCCCGCUCUACACCCAGUACUACAGGGCGGAGCUCCAUGCCUUGGUGUCGCCUUCAAUGGGGCAAGAGCUUCUUACGAUCAGUCAGACGGCUGAUCUACUGCUGCGAGGACAUCCGGCUAAGGCCAUAGACCUGUUAUCGCAGAGGUUCAAGGCCCUAGAACAACAGGCCCGCGGCGCUCAUUGGAGCGUAGCACGCCAGUUAGAACUGGUGUCAGCGGACUCUGUGGGCCUGUCACAAGGUGCGGAGGGAGCAGAAGCAGCUCGCUUGGCGCGUGAGGAGGCGCGAAAUAGAACAGCGGUGCAGCGGCCCUACAAUGCAAUCGGCAAAGAGGGGGGAAAAGCCAAAGGAAGAUCUGAUCCACCUGAGGGGCGUGAGAAGGGAGACAAAGGAG